AUGGCGUUUCUCUUCAAAUCGAAAAAGAACCAACAGGCCACCGGCCUACCUCCGGCGACUAGAAACCUGCAUACCUCGGAAGGGGCCCCGACCUCUGCCUCGUCGUUCGGACCCAAUUCCAUAAAGGAACGGGAAGGGAGUACCCAAUCGCCGACUCCAAGCAGCAGUUACAAUAACUCGUUGAACUCGGUCACCAGCACAAGUAGUCCGGAUAAUCAGCGCAUGCGACAAAGAGCCGAGUCCGAGUCGCAGAUUCAACGGCAGCAAGCAGCGAGUACCAGUCCCCAAACGAGCCCCGGUGCAUCUCUUUACCCAUGGUGUCAACGUCGUCUCAAUUUCUCUUCGCCGCAAGGAAACCCCUUUCCACGAUACGGUGCCGCCGUGAAUGCAGUGGCUUCCAAAGAAGGCGAUAUCUACAUGAUGGGAGGUUUGAUCGAUGGUUCAACCGUAAAGGGGGAUCUCUGGAUGAUCGAGAGCAGUGGGGGCACUUUGUCGUGUUUCCCCAUUGCUACCGUGUCGGAAGGACCAGGCCCUCGAGUAGGCCAUGCCAGCUUGCUCGUCGGCAACGCAUUUAUUGUGUUCGGCGGCGAUACCAAGGUCGACGAAAAUGACACGUUAGACGACACGCUCUACCUUCUGAAUACCUCUUCCCGUCAAUGGUCGCGGUCUAUCCCUCCCGGUCCGCGCCCAGCUGGGCGUUAUGGCCACACUCUGAAUAUUCUCGGCUCCAAGAUCUACGUCUUUGGUGGACAGGUUGAAGGCUACUUUUUCAAUGAUCUGGUGGCUUUUGACCUGAAUCAGCUCCAAAAUCCGGGGAAUAAGUGGGAGUUCCUGAUACGGAACAGCCAUGAAGGCGGGCCGCCUGCUGGUCAAAUACCUCCUGCCAGAACCAACCACACCAUUGUGAGUUUCAAUGACAAACUCUACUUGUUCGGAGGUACAAAUGGUGUCCAGUGGUUUAACGACGUAUGGUCUUACGACCCCCGUGCCAAUCAGUGGGCCCAGUUAGACUGUGUGGGAUUCAUCCCUACCCCACGGGAGGGGCAUGCUGCCGCUUUGGUGAACGAUGUGAUGUAUAUUUUCGGUGGUCGCACUGAUGAGGGUAUGGAUCUAGGUGAUCUGGCCGCCUUCCGCAUUUCCACCCGACGGUGGUAUUCCUUCCAGAAUAUGGGACCUGCUCCAUCGCCAAGAUCUGGACACAGCAUGACAGCGUUUGGUAAACAGAUUAUUGUCAUGGCAGGUGAACCGAGCUCUGCGCCGAGAGAUGCCACGGAGCUGAGCAUGACGUAUAUCCUAGAUACCGCAAAGAUACGGUACCCAGCCGAGACGCAAAAUGGGGAAAGGGUGCCACAGUCGGGCUUGAGGAAGGGCAGCGCAGAUAAGCCAGGCCAGCAAUCUGGCCGUACAUCUCGGGAGGCACAAAACACACCCAUCGAUCCCCGGCGGCCCGGGUCGUCCCGGGACAGCGUUAUGAGUCCGACGGGCAGGCCAACGGACUAUGGCCCAAGUCCUGGACCAGGCUCCCGGCUACCAAGGGCCUCGAUCGCACAGGCACCGUCCGGGCCUCCCCCGCCAGGUCAGGCGCCGACCCCCGGGGCUCGUGGAGCCGCACCACAACACGCAAUGAACCCUCGGAGCAAGACUCCCACCAAACCGGACCGUUCGUACGGCGGGCCCCCAAUCGACACUGUAAGAGCUUUGGGGAGUGACCGAGAUCGGGAGUCUCCUGUGGCGAGGGAAUCUCCGAAGGACCCAAGAUUUGCCCAGGAUUCCGGUGUCCCUGCAAAGCCACCAUCGAGAAUGUCGGCUAGAGCCAUGGAAGCCGGUGAGGCCGCACCUCUUGUCAGUGGGCCAUCCCGACAACGCUCCUUGCGCCAACAUAGGCAUCGCAGCUCCAUGGACAGCGCCGAUGAAUCUGUGUUGGGGCGGCAUUCCAGCAUUGAUGGUUCUGUAGAAUCUCGGGCGUAUAGGAACUCACGGACGCUCGGGGACGAACCUCGAUCCCCCAGGUUGACCGCUCACCAAGAAGCCUUGAUCAAAGAGCUCGAGGCCAUGAAAAGCCGCAAUGCAUGGUAUGCGUCAGAGUUGGCAUUGGCCAAGAAAGCAGGCUAUACUCCGAAUACGUCGUCUGCGCCUGGCUUGGAUGAACGGGCCGCAGAUGUGUUUGCUGACGAAGAUCGCCCUCUAAUCGAAGCUUUCCUGUCGAUGAGGGCGGAGUUGGCGAAGAUGCAAGCCACGGUGGAUCGACAAGCCGCAAUUGCAUCGAAACGGGUCGCCGAGGUCGAGCAUCAAAGAGACGCAGCUGUCAAUGAGGCAGCUUAUGCGCGCGCCAAGCUGGCCGCCCAUGGUGGUAGCCAGCACGGCACGCCUCAGCCCGAUGGUGGCUAUCAGGAUCUCGAUGAGACGAUCACCGAUCAUACCACCGAUCUUAGCCGAAGAUUAGCCCUCGCCCUCGCCGCUCAAAACGAACUCAAGUCUAAACUGGAGGUCCUGACGUCUGAACUCGACCAAGAGAAGCGCGGACGGGAACUCGCCGAAGAGACAUGCGAAGCUACGAGGAGACGACUGGCCGAACUUGAUAUGCAGAGCAACGCUCUUGAACUCGAAAGUCUGCGUGCAGAGCUCCACCGAGCAGAAGCUGCCCUCCGGGAGGAAUCGAUGCUGCGAGCGGACGCCGAGUCUAACUUGAAACGGUUGACCCUGGAUAAGGAAGAAUUGUCAAGGAAGGUCGAGGAUUCAUCGAGCCGUCUGAGAGACCUCGGCACGAACUUGGGCGGUCUACGCGAGGCCGUCACGGCUUCGUCGGAGAAGGCCGCGCUGAUUGAGAAGCAGCUCGAGGAAGAGCGUGAGCGACGUGAAGGAUUGGAAAGGAAACUUCUACAGCUGCGGUCUGAACAUGAGGAGCGAACCACCGAGCUUGAGAACACCACCCGCCGCUUACGGGAUGCGGAGGAACUCGCGGAGACAAGUGCGAGGGAAGCCGAAACUCACAAGAACGCGUUCCUUCUGGGGCUUGAGCGCGCCUCCUCAUUUGACUCAGAAGCGUCCAUGCGCUCUCUGGCUGAUCAGCGAGUAGCGGUCUUGGAAGAGCAGAUUGAAAGGGCCAACAAGCUUGCGAAGGCUAGUCAGGCAGCGGCGGACGAUGCUGCAGACAAGCUCCGGCGUGCGGAGGAAAGGAUCGCAGGGCUGGAGGCCUACCAAGAGCAGGCGAGUCGAGAAGGCCUACAGCUUCGCAGACAGCUUCAAGCGGCCAUGAAAGAGGGCCAGUCACAUGCAGCAGAGAAUAGGGAGCUGAAAGCUCAACUGGAGAACCAGCAGCGUGAAGCCGGUGCAUUGGCUAUCCAGCACGCUGCUCUGAAGGAUCUUUUGGGUGAUCGUGGUGUGAACUACGGAGACCGGCGCUCGCCUCGGGUCGACUCUCCUGGAUCUCGAUUUGGAACGCCUGAACAGGGCCGCCUUCGGGAGCUUGAACAACAACUCUCCGCCAGCCUUAAGGCUCACGAGGACUUGAAGAUGUCCUUCGAAACUCGCGAGCAAGAAGCCGACCGUGCUUACAGGGAGAAGCUUGAACAGCUGGAGAAUGACUACCAGUCUGCUGUUCACUAUGUCAAGGGAACCGAGAAGAUGUUAAAGCGAAUGAAGGAUGAGCUGUCCCGAUACAAGGCGCAGAACGCGAAGAUGCAGUCAGACUUGGAAGCGGCGCAGAAGGGCGCGGCUGAAUCCACUGGGUCAUCUGAAGCAUCAGCGGAAUGGGAAGUUGAGCGUUCCCAGCUGCAGAAAUCGAUCUAUGAUCUGCAACAAGAAACCUCAGCAUCCAUCGCCACUCUUGAGAACCAGGUCGCGAAGUUGAGGGAAGACCUGUCUGCUGCGGAGGCAGACAAGACCAAGUCUCGCGCCGAAUACGAGAGCAUCAAGAAGGAAUUGCUAGCAGCAGCUGAGAAGAGCCGCUCGGAACUAGAACAGCUCAAGCAUGAGAAUAGUCUCCUGGAAACCCGCGCAUCAGAUGCGGAGCAGAAGGUCACCAUGCUCCUCGACCAAGUCGAAGCGUCGGUUGGCCAUUAUCGUCGGCAGUCGCAACCUGUUCAAGGCCUCAAUGGCAUCACUCGUACACACAGCAACGCGUCCAGCAAUACGAUUGGAGCCGGCAAUCGGUCCAGAGCCAACAGUGCUGUGUCUCAGGAUGAACCGUUUCCGGACAACCGGGGAUCCAUGGCUCUUGACUCCCUCGCCAACGAACUUGAGGCCCUGCGGACCCACUGGGAGAGUACGAAUCGAAACUACCGCCUGAGCACACAGUCCGACUUUGACCGAACCCCUACGAAGGAGACCGGCCUGAGCGACAGCCUUGCCGAAUGGCGGCGGCGCUUAGAUGAGGACGAGACUAGGUCUAGCUCCCCCGAGAAGAGUAAGCCUCGCAACGCCGGCGAAGGGCCUGCAGCAACGAACAUGAUAUGA